CCCACCUACACAAUGAGUCGUCAACAACUCUCCUUGUCCUUCUUCACUUCAAAUUGAAAACCCUAGAAAUUCCCCCAAAUUCAAUUUCCAAUCCUCGAUUCAAUCUCUAAAUCUAAUUUCUUUACCCGAUUCAAUCUCAUAUGGGCCGUGACUCGUCGCAAUCGCUCGCUCCCGGUUUCCGAUUCCACCCGACCGACGAGGAGCUCGUCUGGUACUACCUCGAGCGCAAGGUCGCCGGGAAGUCCUUCCGAUUCGACGCCAUCUCCGUCGUCGAUAUCUACAAGAUCGAGCCCUGGGACCUCCCCGGGAAGUCGAAGCUGAAGAGCAGGGACACGGAGUGGUACUUCUUUAGUUUACUUGACAGGAAGUACGGGAAUUCUUCGAGGACGAAUCGCGCUACCGAAAAAGGGUACUGGAAGACUACCGGGAAAGACCGGCCGGUUUGCCAUAGCUCCAGGGCGGUUGGGAUGAAGAAGACCCUUGUUUUCCACAGCGGCCGGGCCCCGAAAGGCGCUAGGACCAAUUGGGUCAUGCACGAGUAUCGCCUCGAUAACCAGGAGCUGGAGAAGGCUGGAAUUGUUGAGAAAGACGCGUAUGUGCUCUGCAGGAUAUUUCAGAAGAGUGGGACCGGACCGAAGAAUGGGGAGCAGUAUGGUGCUCCGUUGCUUGAGGAGGAAUGGGACGAGGAGGAAGAUGAGGUUUUAGGACCGGAUGAGGAGGCUGUUGCUAAUGAGGUUGUGGUUAGCGGUGGGCCGUGUACUGAGGGGAAUGAGCUCAGCGAUGGUGGAUAUAUUGAGGCGGUUGACCUUGAUCAGAAUGUUCCGACGGGUGUUCCUUUGAGUGCUUCUCAUCCAUUGAACUUCUAUCAUGGGGAGACAAGCAACUAUAUUGGGCAAUCUGGGGACUUUGUUGAAGAUGCUGCAGUGACUGCAGCAGGCACUGGGGAAACUGUGGAGUAUCAUGAAGACCAGAAGUACUUUGACUUACCUGAGCACUAUGAGGUGGAUGCAAAGCUCGUCAAAGUUGAAUUCUUAACUUCAGAAUAUGAAGACAACCAGAAUUUCUUCAACUUGCCAGAGUAUUAUGAGAUGGAAAAUACCGCUGUCAAAGAUGAAUCCUCUAUUGAACCAAGACAUAAUAUGAACCCUAUUGAUGUCAGCUACUCACUCAAUGAUCCAUAUUUAAAUACUACUGAAAACCCACCGAUUGGUGAUGGGCAAUUCUUAGAAACUAAUGAUCUUUCAAAUCCAGCCAUUCCAGUCGAGCCCAAUUCUGCAGGUUUUGAUAUGCUCGAUGAAUACCUUAUGUACUUUGAUGCGGAUGAUGACAUCUCUCAGUACAUUGAUUUUGAUCAUUGUGAAAUGCUGGGGAUUGAAAAUACUGUUCCUAGUGAGCCUGUGGUUGAGCAGAAGUCUGUUAUGGGUGAAACUGAGCCACUAUCCACAGGAAGCCAACAUCUUGAAUCACCUAAUGUCAAUGAUGCAUCUUCAUCAAUGCAAAAACCAGACAUAAACUUUGGAUCAGAUGGCAAGUUUCCGUUCAUCACAAAAGCAAAUCAGAUGCUGGGAAGUAUACCUGCUCCUGCUGCAUUUGCUUCAGAGUUCCCUCCUAAAGGUGCCAUCCUUCGGUUAAAUUCUGAAGUAGCAUCCUCAAGUUCAGUUCAUGCCGGAAUGAUCAGAAUAAGAGACAUAACUUCAUCGGACAACAGGGUCGAGUGGUCUAUUGGUAAGGACGGGGUGGUCAACCUCGUGUUUUCUGUUCAGCUGCCGCCAAGUGAUGUCACUUCUUCCAACCUGUUACUGAUGGGCGGCUCAGUCUCAGGCAAGACGGGAUCUGUGGUGAUGAGGGGCUGGUUUUUGUUCAUGUUCUUCUGGGUUCUAUUUAUAUCCAUCAGUUGCAAAAUCGGGAGCUAUGUAUACGCCAAGUGAUGAUGCUUGCUUAGGCAUAGACCUGGGCUAUUUACUUGGUAGCACAAUUGCUCUAGUGCAGGAUGAUCUGAUAUUUACAAUCAAUAUACUAACUUCUGAAGUCCUAUUUUUCUUCCAUUUCUUAUACUAUAGUUCCAGGACUGUACUGUUUAAUUAGUCUUACGUGAUGGAGAACUGAAUUUUUGUUCUAGAUAGACAUAUGGUGUGUUAUAUAACUUCUACCUUAUUUGGUGGUACAAACUGCGAAAGUAUGAACAUAUGCAGAUGAUUCGUCUGCAAUUUCUUUUUCUUUUCA